UAUAUAUAUAUACAUAUAUCAGUGUCGACUAGUUUCUAUCAGUCAAUCUCUCUAAAGAAUUGGAAGGGAUUAGAAAUAACAUUAAAAAAGAAUUAAUUACAAAGAAGACCUCGGAACCAUCUCCCAGGAUGCCAACUGCUCAAGAUACGACGUACCUGAUCGAAGUGAUGCCAGCAGAAACAACUCAAGAUUUUCUUUCUCACGACGUUGAUCUUCUCGUAUCGCAAAUCAAAGAGAACUUGCGAUUAAGCGGAUUGAAAGCUAAAUCGAACGUAGUUCAUAGAAAUCGAGCUACUCCUUAUCGGAUACCAUCCCGUUCUUCUUGGGCCGAUUCUAACGGUUGCGAUAUUUGUGCUGCACAAAAUCGAAGUGAAAAGUUGAACGGUGUUCAACUUCAACAGGAACACGAUCAACAACUUCAUCGUCAGCCUGAACUUAGACAACAGGCUCAUUAUCGUCAACAACAACAACAACAACAACAACAACAACAGCAACAAUGUUGCCAUCGGUAUAAUCAUCAUCAUCAUCGACAUCGUUAUCGUCAUCGUCAUCGUCGUCAUCAUCAUCAUCAUCAUAAUUGUUCGAAUAACGACAGAGAAGAUGAUCCCUACGAAUUUUUGCAAGAACUUUUACGAGAAGGUGGCUUGAUUAAAGAAGCAGUUAAAAGAUUACAAGCGAAUAUCGAUGAAUUGGAACGUUUGGAAAACGACCAACUCGAAGAGGAUGAAGAUGAGGAAGAAGAUGAUGAUGAAGAGGAAGAAGACGUCUUAGAAGAUGGGAUGGUAGUGAACGAUGCGAAGGAACGAUCAAGGGUAUAUCGGAGGAAACCUUAUUUCUAUGAUUCCGAAGAUGAACCAUCGGUUUACGAGUCUGUGGAAUUAUGAAAGAGAGAAAGAGACGAUCGAAAGUGUAGAAGAAGAACGAUCGAAUAAAAGAGAAAAUAACAACAACAACAACAACAACAACAACAACAAUAAUAAUAAUAAUAAUAAUAAUAAUAAUAAUAAUAAUAAUAAUAAUAAUAAAGAAUUAAGGUUAGAGAAAAGGUUCGACUGUUUCAAUCUAAAUCAUUCUAAUUCAACAUAGAAAAAGAAGACGCCAAGAAAUUGAAUUUGUUUUCUUUUCCUUUUUGAUUUAUUCGUUCAAAUAAUGUUUUUACGGAUGAUUGAAGGAAUCGUAUCGAAAAAUUGAAAAUAAAAUGAGUAACGGUUUUUUGGCGCUCUCCAAAUAUGUGUAUACGUACGUGUGUGUGCGUGUGUGUGUGUGUGGAUGUAUGUAAACACGUUUAACAGACAUAUUCCCCACCACAAAUGGCCGUGUUUGUAAAUACAUUGCCGCCAUUAUUGCGUACACACAAUGACGGCAUCGAAAAACGAAAACGUCUUCGGCAAUGUUCGGCUAAGAUCGGCUAAGGACGCACAGGGGCGUAUCGACGAGUCACGAGGUCUCUUACGUGCGACACAAACGUUAAUGACGAUAUUUUCUUGGAGUGGGGGAAGAUUCUUGGAAAACCGUUGUAUUUCGACUAAGAAAGAGAGAGAGAGAGAGAAAAAAAGGGACAUAAGGACAAACGAAGAUAAAAAAGGAAGAAUUAUUCUUCUCUUCAUGGUCCUUUUUUCUUUGUCAUUUUAGCAUACAACAUUCAUAAUGCUUUAAUAGUUUCUUUUUCGUCAUACAUAAUCCAACGAAAUAAAAAUAAUCCAACGAUCGUAAGUUCAAACCUUUUUGUUUAUGCAAUCGUUCGAUCUUUUUUUUUCUCUUCCUUUUUUAAUUCGUAUUUCAUUGAUGAAACUCGAAUUAAAGUAAAAAUCAUUAAAAUCAUAAUGCGUCAUUUAAAACAAUUAUGAAACGAUGAACAUGUCUCCUCUCUGUUAUAACUUCUUCUUUGAACGUUACAUUAAUAGACUCGACAUACAUAUACGUAAAUUCAAUUGAUCGAUUUAUCGACGAAGAAGAAAAUGUAUGUUUUUUAUUUAUCGCAGUCUGUUGAGAGAGUACUGAAAGAGAAUAUUUUGUUUUUCGAAAGGAAUUUGAAUGAUACUUGAGAUAUCGUUAAAUUAAUAUGAAGUUGAGUGUAUCUCUUCUGAUACGUCGUAUAUUCGUGUACCACAGACAACACACACAUAUGUAAGUGCACCUGACACGUAUAUGCAUACAUAUAGGAACAAGAAACGAGUAUCAUAUUGUGGGAAUGUGUAACGUUAUAAAAGUGUGUAUCAAAUGAAUAUAAUUUAAGUAAUGAAGUGCAUCGACAAA